UUUGGGAGGCCGAGGCAGGUGGAUCACGAGGUCAGAAGUUCAAGACCAGCCUGGCCAAGAUGGUGAAACCCUGUCUCUAUUAAAAAUACAAAAAAUAGCCGGGUACAGUGGCAGGCAAUGUAAUCCCAGCUACUCGGGAGGCUGAGGUGGAAGAAUGGCUUGAAACAGGGAGUCAGAGGUUUCAGUGAGCUGAGAUUGUGCCAUUGCACUCCAGCCUGGGCAACAAAGCAAGAUUCUAUCUAAAAAAAAUUAGAAGGAAUAUUUGCCUCAUUACAUUCCCAUAACUAAUGUGGAAAGCAAUAUCGCACUCCCUAUUAGCACAUGAUACUAGAUGCAUUCAACUUUCUCCCUGGACCUGCUGCCUCCGCCUGCUGGUCAGGGGAUAGACUCAGUACAUCUCCCCUCAGGGCCAGGUGGACGGAACUCUUGCUUUCUUGGAGGAAACCCAGGAAUCACAGAGACAGAGGGGAAGGGGACGGACUGCCGUGUGGCUGGGCAGGGCUGCUUGAGGAACAUGUUAGCAAACCACAGGCACGUUCCCAGGAGGCUGCUUGCUGAGCCCUGCUCCUCUGGUCUCCCCCAAGUGGUCAUUCUGAAAUGGAUAAGGACGGUGCAGGACUGGACUGCAAAUGCAGGACUGACCUCCUGGGAGGGUGGGGCCCCUAUCUCUCCUAGAGUCUGGUCAGACUCUGCCCAACACCCCCUCUAAGGCCACAGGAGAGGAGCAGGAAUGAUAGCCCCCAAAACCCAGUCCCACCGAGCCCUGAGGGGCCCUUUGUCACUCCAUCUGAUAAGAAACCCCACCCCUGCAGCCCCCUCCCCUCACCUGACCAAUGGCCACAGCCUGGCUGGGCCCAGCUCCCUGCAUAUAAGGGGACCCGGGGGCUGAGCACCACCAAGGCCAGUCCUGAGCAGGCCCGACAGCAGUGCAGCCGCCCACCCUGCCGCCAUGUCUCUGACCAAGACUGAGAGGACCAUCAUUGUGUCCAUGUGGGCCAAGAUCUCCACGCAGGCCGACACCAUCGGCACCGAGACUCUGGAGAGGCUCUUCCUCAGCUACCCGCAGACCAAGACCUACUUCCCGCACUUCGACCUGCACCCGGGGUCGGCGCAGCUGCGCGCGCACGGCUCCAAGGUGGUGGCCGCCGUGGGCGACGCGGCGAAGAGCAUCGACAACAUCGGGGCCGCCCUGUCCAAGCUGAGCGAGCUGCACGCCUACAUCCUGCGCGUGGACCCGGUCAACUUCAAGCUCCUGUCCCACUGUCUGCUGGUCACCCUGGCCGCGCGCUUCCCCGCCGACUUCACCGCCGAGGCCCACGCCGCCUGGGACAAGUUCCUGUCGGUCGUAUCCUCUGUCCUGACCGAGAAGUACCGCUGAGCGCCGCCUCCGCGACCGCCAGGACCGGCUGUGUCCCCUCCCCUGUCCUUCACCCUCCUGCAGUUCCUCCCCUGACUCCAAUAAACGGAUGAGGAA